CGCUUAGAGAGAGGAGGGAGAGGCGCGGAGUGAGGGCGGAUCCGCGCGUCCUCAGAACCAGCUGGAGCCGGAGCUGCAGCCGGCUGACUUCUCUCUCCCGCUCAGGGCUUGGAAAGGACGUGCUCCUGGGAACCUGGGACUCACGCCCCAACCUGCAAAGCAGUCAGGACUGUCUUCCUUGGCCUUCUGGAAUAACAUUUGGGGCUGGCGGCAUGAGUCCUACCAGGCUCUGGGGCAGCCCUUGCCUUUUUCCCUUGCAACUCUUCAGCCUGUGCUGGGUGCUCUCAGUGGCCCAGAGCAAGACUGUCCGUUAUAGCACCUUCGAGGAGGAUGCGCCCGGCACAGUCAUCGGGACCCUGGCUGAGGACCUGCAUAUGAAAGUGUCGGGAGACACAAGCUUCCGCCUCAUGAAGCAGUUCAACAGCUCUCUGCUCCGGGUACGGGAAAGUGACGGGCAGCUGACCGUCGGGGACGCAGGCCUUGACCGUGAGCGGCUGUGCAGCCAAGCCCCACAGUGUGUUCUGGCUUUCGACGUAGUCAGCUUCUCCCAAGAGCAGUUCCGGCUUGUGCACGUGGAAGUGGAGGUGAGGGACGUCAACGACCACGCGCCGCGCUUUCCCCGGGCCCAGAUCCCAGUGGAGGUGUCCGAGGGUGUGGCGGUGGGCACGCGCAUCCCCCUGGAGGUUCCAGUGGAUGAAGAUGUGGGGGCUAACGGUCUGCAGACCAUGCGCCUGACGGAGCCAAACAGCCCCUUCCGCGUGGAGCUGCAGACACGCGCGGACGGCGCCCAGUGUGCCGAUCUGGUGCUGCUUCAGGAGCUGGACCGCGAGAGCCAGGCGGCCUACAGCCUGGAGCUCGUGGCCCAGGACGGCGGCCGCCCACCACGCUCUGCCACUGCAGCCCUCAGCGUGCGCGUGCUGGACGCCAACGAUCACAGCCCGGCCUUCCCCCAGGGUGCCGUGGCGGAGGUAGAGCUGGCAGAGGACGCGCCCGUGGGAUCACUGCUCCUGGACCUGGACGCAGCUGACCCGGACGAGGGCCCUAACGGCGACGUGGUGUUCGCCUUUGGCGCGCGUACCCCACCCGAAGCGCGCCGCCUUUUCCGGCUUGACCCGCGCUCCGGCCGCCUCACUCUGGCAGGGCGGGUGGACUACGAACGCCAGGACACCUAUGAGUUGGACGUGCGGGCGCAGGACCGUGGUGCUGGGCCGCGUGCUGCCACCUGCAAGGUUAUAGUGCGCAUCCGCGACGUCAACGACAACGCUCCGGACAUCUCCAUCACUCCUCUGGCCGCCCCCGGAGCUCCAGCCGCCUCGCCCUUUGCAGCUGCUACUGCUGCCCUCGAGGGUGCGGACACCUCCUCGUCGGCGGGGCCCGGGACGUCCGAGGUCGGCACUACCUCACUGGUGCCAGAGGGAGCGGCGCGAGAGAGCCUGGUAGCGCUGGUCAGCACCUCGGACAGGGACUCGGGGGCCAACGGGCAGGUGCGCUGCGCCCUCUACGGGCAUGAACACUUCCGCCUGCAGCCAGCCUACGCCGGCAGCUACCUGGUGGUGACCGCGGCUUCGCUAGAUCGGGAGCGCAUCGCUGAGUACAACCUGACGCUGGUGGCAGAGGACCGUGGCGCGCCCCCGCUGCGCACCGUGAGACCAUACACAGUGCGAGUGGGCGACGAAAACGACAACGCACCGCUUUUCACGCGGCCAGUCUACGAGGUGUCGGUGCGCGAGAACAACCCGCCUGGGGCCUACCUGGCUACAGUGGCUGCCCGGGACCCGGACCUGGGCCGCAAUGGCCAAGUCACAUACCGGCUGCUAGAGACCGAGGUAGGCCACUCCGGGGACGCUGUGUCCACUUAUGUCUCUGUGGAUCCGGCUACCGGCGCUAUUUAUGCGCUUCGCAGCUUCGACUAUGAGAUGCUGCGCCAGCUUGACGUGCGCAUCCAGGCCAGCGACAGCGGCUCCCCUCCGCUUUCGAGCAGUGCGCUGGUGCAAGUGCGCGUGUUAGACCAGAACGACCACGCGCCGGUCCUGGUGCACCCCGCGCCAGCCAACGGCUCCCUAGAAGUAGCUGUCCCUGGGCGCACAGUUAAAGAGACCGCUGUGGCGCGCGUACAGGCCCGGGAUGCAGAUGAGGGCGCCAACGGGGAGCUGUCAUUUGACCUGCAACAGCAGGAACCCCGUGAAAUCUUCUCCAUCGGUCGCCGCACGGGGGAGAUCGUGCUCACCAGCGACCUCUCGCAAGAACCUCCUGGCCGCGUGUUCAGGGCUCUGCUUGUCAUAUCCGACGGCGGCCGCCCCCCUCUCACCACCACUGCCACAGUCAGCUUCGUGGUGACAGCAGGCGGCGGUCGCGGGCCGGCUGCUCCUGCCAGUGCUGGAACCCCUGAGCACUCCCACCCUUCUGGCUCUCGGCUUGGGGCUUCGGGGCCUGCUCUACAAUGGGACACACCGCUGAUUGUCAUCAUCGUGUUGGCUGGGAGCUGCACACUGCUGCUGGCCGCCAUCAUCGCCAUCGCCACCACCUGCAACCGCCGCAAGAAGGAGGUGCGCAAAGGGGGGACCCUCCGGGAAGAGCGACCCGGGGCGGCGGGCGGCGGAGCCUCGGCUCCCGGCUCCCCGGAGGAGGCCGCCCGGGGAGCUGGGCCCAGGCCCAACAUGUUCGACGUGCUCACCUUCCCUGGCAGCGGCAAAGCGCCCUUUGGCAGCCCCGCGGCCGACGCGCCCCCACCCGCUGUCGCUGCGGCUGAAAUGCCGGGCUCGGAGGGCGGCAGCGCCACUGGGGAAAGCGCCUGUCACUUCGAGGGGCAGCAGCGGCUCCGCGGCGCGCACGCCGAGCCCUACGGUGCCUCCCCUGGCUUCAGAAAGGAGCCGGCGCCCCCUGUGGCAGUCUGGAAGGGACACUCAUUCAACACCAUCUCUGGUCGAGAAGCUGAGAAGUUCAGCGGCAAAGACAGCGGCAAAGGGGACAGUGAUUUCAACGACAGCGAUUCUGACAUUAGCGGUGAUGCCCUGAAAAAGGAUCUCAUCAACCACAUGCAGAGUGGACUGUGGGCGUGCACUGCAGAGUGUAAGAUCCUAGGUCACUCUGACCGCUGCUGGAGCCCAUCCUGUGGAGGACCCAAUGCUCACCCCCCGCCACAUCCGCCAGCCCAGAUGUCCACCUUCUGUAAGAGCACGUCUCUGCCUCGGGAUCCUCUGCGUAGGGACAAUUACUACCAGGCCCAGCUUCCCAAGACAGUGGGGUUGCAGAGCGUCUAUGAGAAAGUGCUGCACAGGGACUAUGACAGGACAGUCACUCUGCUCUCCCCUCCCCGACCAGGGAGGCUGCCAGACCUGCAGGAGAUUGGGGUGCCCCUCUAUGAAUCACCCCCUGGCAGAUACAUGUCCCCAAAGAAGGGAACUGAUGAAAAUGUGUAACCCUAUGCUGCAUGUCUUCACACACAUAUACAGGUCACUCUGAGAAGCCCCUAAGUUAUUGACUGAUUUCAGUGUUGUAUAUAUAAAUAUGCAAGAUGUGCCUUAAAAUGAAGCUGUUGGAAGCUAUUUCCAAUCACAUUGGUACUGUUUGGUAUUUGCAAACAAAAAAUGUAGUUUAUGUAAUUUUUAUGAAAUGUGUUCAGUAUUUAAUUUUUCUUAUCAUGCUAUUGACUUUAAUUUCAAUUGCAGCUUGCCAUUUUCUUAGUGUUUUUAACCUGUACAUUGUGUAAUGUAAUGUUUGUAUAUAUAAUGAAAUUUUGUUAUAUUUUUAUAUAAUAAAAGCUAAAGUGGAAGUUAUUGCCAAAGGAACUGUCUAUAGGACAAAAAAACAAAACACAUUGGAACUACUUAAUGGAAGUUUUUCUUUCACCAGAAAUAACCUAAUGUUUUGAGAAAUUUUAUCUUGCCAAGUACCACUUGUAUACCUUGUGUCUGUGUAGAUUUCAAGUUAAAUGUUAUUUAAUUACAUUUGGUUUUCCGUAAACCAUGUCACUUAUAAGCACAGUAAUAAAGGAUUUGUCUUGUGUUUGAA